UGGUGGAGGAAGCAUUUGGAAUUUUAAUGGAGAUGAGCUAUGAAUACUCUGGAGAACCUAACUGUUUGUAGAUCUAGGAACGCUUGGCAGCAAGCCUUACCCUGAGUAACUGUGUGAGUCCUUCCCCCUGGGUGAGGGAACACCUGUGUGCAACUUGCCUCCACCAUGGUGCUGACUGGCUACGGCAGUAAACGAUCAGGUUCGCGUGGUUCGACACGAGCGGUGGACAUCCCCUUGGAAACAAUUAAACACGGAAGUAGGAUGGAUCCCCAAGAGAGGAUAUUUCUGGAUGCUGCAGAAAAGGGAGACAAGCCCACAAUGAUUCGCUGUCUCCAUGGUUCGAAUCCAGUAAAUGUCAACUGUACAGAUAUGUUGGGCCGGUCAGCCAUUCAGAUUGCUGUGGACAAUGAAAACACGGAAAUUGUGGAGCUGCUGUUGAAGCAGGAUGGUGUUAAGAUCGGUGAUGCGUUGUUGUACGCAAUAAGGGAAGGUGUAUAUCGUAUUGUUGAGAUGUUGAUUGAGCAUCCUUCAAUUACACGAGAAAUGCUGGGUUACGAUUGGUCGAAAACACGUCAUAUGGAUGAAGAAAGUUUUGACUACUCUCCAGACAUUUCUCCAGUGAUCUUGGCAGCUCAUUGCAACCAGUUUGAAAUACUGCAACUUUUACUACUCCAUGGUGCAACCAUUGAACGCCCCCAUCAACUGUCAUGCUCCUGCAAGCGAUGUCAAGCACAAGUGCAUGCUGACAGCUUACGACAUUCACUGCUCAGAAUCAAUACCUACCGGGCCUUGGCAAGUCCGGCGUGGAUCUCUCUCACCAGCCCGGACCCGGUACUCACAGCCUUCAUGUUGUCGUGGGAGCUGGACAAACUGGCGCUCCGAGAAAACGAAUUCAAAGACUCGUACCUGCAGCUAGCUCAUCAGUGUCGGAAGUAUGCGUGUGACCUUCUGGACCAGUGUCGCAGUAGUGAGGAGGUGAUUGCUGUCCUGAAUAAGAUGACUGAUGGAGAAGAGGAGGAGGAGGAGGAGGACGACGACGACAAUGAUAAGCUCACCUUGUCCAGAUUAAAACUGGCACUCAAGUAUGAGCAGAAACAGUUUGUAGCUCAUCCACACUGUCAGCAGCUCCUCACGUCCAUCUGGUAUGAGGGACUUCCGGGAUGGAGGAAACGCAACGGCUUCACCAAAUUCCUUAUCUGCAUUGGGCUCAUCCUGCUGCUUCCCUUCAUGGCUGUGUACUACUGGGUCUUCCCACGCAGUAAAAUCGGACAACUCCUUCGGAGUCCCUUCAUGAAGUUCCUUUACCACAGUGCAUCGUUCGGAGUGUUUCUAUUUCUGUUAGUGUGUGCGUCAACAGACAUCAGUACUUCUCACAAGCGGGAGAAAUUCCGUGGAUUACCUCCAUCAGAGUUGGAGUGGAUGAUAGUGCUCUGGGUGACAGGGUUUAUAUGGGCGGAGUGCAAGCAGCUGUGGGAGGAGGGUCUGAAGGCGUAUAUGCGGCAGUGGUGGAAUUGGCUGGACUUUAUCAUGCUGUCGCUUUAUCUGGCAACAUUCUCGCUGCGAUGUGUUGCAUUCCUCCAGAUUGAGUCUGGGAACUACGGCCCUAAAGAACUAGCAAGGAGAGACUGGCCACACAACGAACCUACCCUCAUCUCAGAAUCUUUAUUCGCCAUUGCAAAUGUUUUUAGCUUUGCUCGGAUUAUAUACCUGUUCCAAGCCAAUCAGCAUCUUGGUCCGCUCCAGAUAUCUCUGGGAUGUAUGCUCAUUGACAUUGCCAAGUUUUUGUUCAUCUUCUUCCUGGUGCUCACAUCGUUUGCUUGUGGAAUCAAUCAGCUCUACUGGUACUACUACCCCAGCAACGAAGAUGCAGAAGAUGUCUUCUUCACGUAACUUUCGAUGAAUCAAGGUUUACUUUGGACUUUGUUGACAAGCACAACAGAGUGUCGCGUACAUGGUGGAGCGUUUUUCACAUGAGUACCAUUAGACAGGUUGAUUGUUUUUGGGUUGGUCAGUAAUGGAGUGGGAGGGAGUCACUACGACUGGCAGAACACCUUUACGUGUUUGUUAUCGUGUUUAUCUGUGUUGCUUCAGAACCAUGCUGACAUGGAGUGGAAGUUUUCUCGCUCCAAACUCUGGAUGGGAUAUUUUGAUGAGGGUUCCACCCUCCCCCCUCCCUUCAACCUCAUCAUCAGUCCGAAGUCCAUCUACUAUUUCCUGCGUGGACUUAAGAACAUUUUCUGUUCAUGCUGUCAAGCAAGUCGCAACAGCCAGCGCAAGACGUCGGAGGGAACAAUCAGGUCUAAACAGUCUGUGGGUCCAGUGGAAUAUGAUAUCUACAAGACUGUAGAAAGUGGCAAUCCCUAUGAAAUAGAAGAAAGACCAACCUACAAUGGUGAUGUUCGUGGAGUUAUCCCCCCUCAGCCAGACGCCCUGCAGUAUCAGGAUGUGAUGCGUCGCCUGGUGAGUCGCUACAUCCAUCAGACUAAGAAGCAGCUGCGGCAGGAUGGAGUAAAUGAAGACGACCUGCUCGAGAUCAAGCAGGACAUCUCCAGUCUCCGAUACGAACUGCGAGAAGACAGAAAGCGUGAGUGUGCACGGACCUCAUCACACAUGGACUGCCUCCGCCAAGAUAUAGUCCACACACUGAGAGGUGUUUCACCUACAUCAAGCCCAAGGUUACAUAACCUCCAGAAGGUCAGCUCAAGUACAAGUAUCAGUAACUUUGGCAACAGCUACCAGAACCUCAACAACAACAACAGCUAUGGCAACAACAGCUACCCAAGCAUGCUGUCCCAGCAGGAUCUUGAUUACUUGAAAUGGGAGCUCAUGUCCGGUCUGAGGUCGGAGGUCAAGGAUGCGAUACAGUCCUGUCUCCAGACGCAAACACCCCCUCCCCCAACCCCCAUGAUGUCUAGCAUGGGUUCAGAUCUCUACCACACACACCUGUAUACACAACUGUGAGAUCUGUGUGUGCAUACACCUGUAUACACAACUGUGAGAUCUCUGUAUCCAAACACCUGUAUACACAACUGUGAGAUCUCUGUGUCCACACCUGUAUACACAACUGAGAUCUCUGUAUCCACACACAUGUACACACAACUGUGAGAUCUGUGUGUAUACACAACUGUGAGAUCUCUGUAUCCACACACCUGUAUACGCUCCUGUGAGAUCUCUGUAUCCACACACCCUGUAUCCACAACUGUGAGAUCUCUGUAUCCACACACCUGUAUCCACAACUGUGAGAUCUCUGUAUCCACACACCUGUAUACACAACUGUGAGAUCUCUGUAUCCACACACCUGUAUACGCUCCUGUGAGAUCUCCGUAUCCACACACCUGUAUCCACAACUGUGAGAUCUCUGUAUCCUCACACCUGUAUACACAACUGUGAGAUCUGGGUGUGCACACACCUAUUCACACCUGUGAGAUCUCUGUAUCCACACACCUGUAUACACAAUUGUGAAUUCUGUGUAGCAUAUCCACUUGUCCCCUGUAUGUGAAGCUAAUAAGGUAGACUCGCUAUAUAUUGUUUCUGAUCUUGUCAGAUGUUAUCGCACACAUGUAUAAUUCAUUUGCCAAAAACUUCAAAGAUUUCUUAAUGUCACACUAUGAUGUCUAUUUCAAUGAGCAAACAAGUCUACAGGCUACUCCCACCCCUUGCAGUCUGGACUGAGGAGAGUUUGCUGGGCUGAAACUACAAAACUUGAAAACAUAGCUUACUACCAAAGGCUCGCUCCAGUUUAAAGUGAACAGCAUGUGAUAUACAGGAGAGGGUGUACAAUACACAAGGUGACAUCCAUGAAGUCCCACCUUUUUAUCCCCAUAAUUAAUCAUUAUCACAACGAAAGGCACUCCAAGUUUAUUGUGCUUAUUUCAACAAUGAGCAAGUUUUAGACACAGUUUGGCUCCAUGUUGUUGUUUUUCAAAUUGUAUUCUUUUGAAAUUAAUGGAAAAUAAUGGUGACUAUACGUACAUUAAUGGAGUGAUGUGUAAGUAGUGGAGGUUUUACAUCAAAUGUGUUUCAUGUUAAACAAGGUGUUAGUUUUGUAAUCAGUUGGGUGAGGGCAUGGCUGUUGCCUCCCCUGUAUGUACCGGAUAUCCUAUUAGCAACGGAUACAAUGUUCCUGACCGGCUCACCUGCAGUGUCUGCAAGAUGUCUGUAUACACACAAGUCAACACACACACACACACACCUGAACACACAAGUCAA